AGUUAAAAAGUAUACUUAUAUUUUUCUAUAUCCUUAGGAAAGUAUACUUUAAAUAUAUAUAUCGUCAACAUAUAUAUAUAUACCCACUAUCGGCCUAGUUGCGUCUAGUCCAAAACCCUUUUUAUAAACUAAGGUUAUUUGUCGUAGAUAUUGUUUUCUAAGUUUUGCAGUGAGGUGAAGUGAAGUGAGGUGAUCUUCGUUCUAAGACCCAAGUCCUAGACGAGCUAACGGGGAGUUAGUCGUCUUUGCACCGUGAGGAAGAGGAAAGACCCAAGACCUAAGACCUAAGAUCCAAGACCCGCAAAAGUUUAGAAGUUCAAAGACUACACCCGGAGUACAAACGACUUUGAGGAGGUGACGGGGAGUUACGCUCCAAGAAGAGUCUUGUAAGUUUACAUUUAUAGUGAGGAGGUAACGGGAAGUUACGCUCCAAGAUAUAUAUUUGUAAAGGCUUCUCCGCCUACUGUAAAGGAGUUUCUUUAUAGUAGAGAAAAUCUCGAGUCCGGGGAGGAGCUCGGGGACUGGAGUAGGGGUGAGUGGACUCCAAGUGUUGAGUUAGCCACAGCGAACCAGGAUAAAAUCUCGUGUGUCGUAUUACUCUUACAUUGCUUCCGCACACAUAAACUGCCUAUACUCUCGAUAAAAGCUAUUCAAAAGGGGGAUAAAUUUUAUUACACUACAUCAAUUUUUAAAUUGGUGAUUAAGCUAUUCAACCCCCCUUCUAGCUUAAAUUACACUCUAUCGGGACCUAACAAUUGGUAUCAGAGCAGUUGCUUUUAAAAAGUGCUAUUUGAAUUUCAAGCACAAAGAAAAGUAGAUCCGAUAUGGCUUAUAUAAAUGCUAUCGGUUGUAGUGAAGGUCUCUCAAAUUCUAGACCUCCUCUAUUUGAUGGCACAAACUUUGCUACUUGGAAAACGAGAUUUAGAAUAUAUGCAAGAUCUCAAGGAGUCAAAGUUUGGAUGGCCAUAGAAGAUGGUACUAUUAUACCGACUAAAAUGGUCGACGAUACCAUCAUCGAAAAGAAAGUAAGUGAAUACACUCACGAAGAAGAAGAUAGAAUGAAUAUUGCCGCAAAAGCGGAAAUGGUUCUCACAAGUGCACUUGCGGAAAAAGAAUAUAAACGAGUAAACAAUUGCAAGUCGGCACAAGAAAUGUGGAACAAAUUAGUGGUAACCUAUGAAGGUACUACCGACAUAAAAGAUUCUCGAAUGGACACUUUAAUCCAAGAAUACGAGAACUUUAAACUCCAAGAUGGAGAAAAUAUCAUCGAUAUGGAAACAAGAUUUACUCGAAUAAUCGAUGAACUAUCUCAACUCGGAAAGAACUAUACACAAAAUGAAAAGAAUCGUAGAGUUCUUAAAUCUCUACCUCCGAGUUGGAAAGUGAAAGUCACUACUAUUAAAGAGAUGCAUAAUCUCAAUGACUAUCACAUUGAUAACUUAUUCGGAAACCUUCGUGCUUACGAAGAAGAUAAUAUUCCGGAUGUUGUCGUUCCUAAAGUGGAAGACAAGAAGAAAAAUAUGGCACUAAAGGCUAUAUUAAUCGACGAAGAUGAAAAUGAUGAAGAAUUAAAUGAAGAACUACAAAAUCUCGAUGAAAGCGAAAUUGCUUUACUCACGAGACAACUUCGUCGUGUGCUUCAAAGCAAAGCACAAAGGUAUGGAAAAGGCUUCCUAAAAUCGAAUAAUCAACAAAGAGUAUUUAACUCUAAUGGAAGGCCUAAUUACUCUCAAAAUUAUUCUCCAAACUACAAGAGUAAUUUUCCUACCAACUCGGGCUAUAACAAAGGCAAAACCAAUCAAAGCCCAAAUGGUUAUAAUACCAAUAAUUACACUCCUCCAAAACAAAAAGAACAAACUCCAGAGGAAACACAAGAAGUGUGUUUCGAGUGUAAACAACCGGGUCACUAUAAACGAGAAUGUCCUAAACUUUCUAAAGGAAGGAUUCUCGUGGCCGAAAACGGUUGGGAUUUAAGUGAAGAUGAGGAACCUCCCGAAGCAAGUGAAGAAGUGGUUAAUCUAUGUUUGAUGGCAAUUGAAGAUGCUUCUACAUCAACGGAUCCUUCCAAUACUAACCAAGAGGUAAGUAUUUAUUCACCAACUUUAGUUGAUAUUCCUCUUCUUAAACUCUCUAGUUUAAAUUUGUCAAAAAUGGAAAAGGAUGAAUUGAUCAAGGUGCUAGUUGAAAUGAAUACUCGAUAUGAUUAUCUUGAUCAAUUAUUUUUAUCUACCUGGUCCGAGAAAGAAAAACUUGAAGAUUUAUAUCAAACUCAACAAAAAGAGUUUUCUCGGAUAAAGGAAUCAAAAAUUAAACUUGAAGAAAAAAUGGUAUCUCUUCAAGAUUCCUUUAAUCUUGAUAACAACAAGAUCAAGAAUGAAAUUACAAAAUUGGAAAUUGAAAAUAUUUCCUUGUUGUUACAAUCUAAAGAAAUGGAAGAUGAGAAGCUUAAAUUAAAUGAAAACAUUGGAAAGCUUCAUGUUGAUUUACUAAAUCUUAAAAUAUUAAAUGAGUCAAUGACUCAAGAAAAAUCAACUACGAGUUAUCAAAAAGAUAAACUCGAAAAAGAAUUUGCUCAUGUCCUUGAAGUAAAAGAAAAAGAGUUCAAAAUAGAAACUCAAAAACUCAAGGAUGCUCAUUCCAACAUCUUAGCACAAUAUAUGGAUCAAGAAAGAAUUCUUAAUGCUAAGAUUGAUGCCUUAAUUAAUGAUAAAGAAGAUCUUGAACGAACGAUUCAGAGAUUUACAAAAGGCAAUGAAAUGUUGGAUAAAAUGGUACAUUCAAAAAUAUCCUACAACCGUGAAGGAUUGGGAUAUGAUAAAAAUGCUCAAAGAAAGAGCUAUAUUCAACCAAAAGUACAACCCUCAAAAAUGGCUUCCAAAUCACCCAUGCUUAAAUGCUCAUAUUGCAACAAAAAUGGACAUGAAGUUCAAAGUUGCAAAUUCAAGAGUGGUGAAUUUAAGGAGAAGCAUAUAUGGGUUCGUAAAGGGUCAAAUCAAUACCCCAAGGUUGAAAAACAUGUACCAUACAACAAAGUUGUAAAUGAGCAAAGGCAACCAAGAUUUAGUUAUCAUCAACAAUCUAUUCCGUUUCAAAGAAGAAACACACGAAACAAGACCUUCUCUAAUGGUCAAACUUCCAAAAAUUAUCAUGUACCAAGUUAUGAUUUCUAUCCAAUGCAUUAUCCAAGUAAUAGAAAUCAUGUGUAUCAAUAUGAAAAUUCUCAAAGAUAUAAUUCGAGAGAUACACGGUAUUUUGAUAACUCAAGGUAUCAAAGUAGGAACAAUGCACCUCAAAAUUAUUAUGCUUCAAGAAAUGUGUUGCCUACUUCUAAUCCUUAUCUUUAUUAUGAAGUACUAACCCCAAGACCCUCAAGACAAAAGGGUACCUAUAAAUAUACUUGA